GGAUCUUUUUUGAAAAAAAUAGUAAGCAACGACCACCACUUUCCCUCUCGUCGUCGUACCUCCAUAAAACCACCUACCCCGCUCCUACCUCACCUCACCACCAACCAAACCCUUCCUUCCUUCCUUCCUUCCUUCCGCCCACCUUCUCUGAUCGUGAUCGUGAAUUCGUGAUCGUGAUCGAGAAUCGAGAUCCCACCCCAUGGCGUCUUCAGCUACCUUCGCGAAGCUCGACGCCGCCUCUUCCACUUGGAUCGGCCGCCAAUCCCUCUCCUCCCGACCCCAACCCUCCUCUCGACUCGCUCCUUCUCGUGUCUCCCUCCCCAUCCGCGCCGGCCACUACACCGAUGAGCUCCUCAAAACCGCUAAAACUAUUGCUUCACCUGGCCGUGGAAUCCUCGCGGUCGAUGAAUCCAAUGCCACCUGUGGGAAGAGGUUGGAUUCUAUCGGGCUGGGCAACACUGAGACCAACAGGCAGGCUUACAGGCAGCUCUUGCUGACCACUCCUGGCCUUGGUGAAUACAUCUCUGGUGCUAUUCUUUUUGAGGAGACCCUUUACCAGUCCACCACUGAUGGCAAGAAGAUGGUUGACUGCUUGGUCGAACAGAACAUUGUUCCCGGGAUCAAAGUCGACAAGGGUUUGGUUCCCCUACCAGGGUCCAACAACGAGUCCUGGUGCCAGGGUUUGGAUGGUUUGGCUUCAAGAACUUCUGAAUAUUACAAGCAAGGUGCUCGUUUUGCCAAGUGGAGGACGGUUGUUAGCAUUCCCUGUGGCCCUUCUGCUCUUGCUGUCAAGGAAGCUGCAUGGGGUCUUGCAAGAUAUGCUGCCAUUUCCCAGGAUAGUGGACUUGUCCCUAUAGUUGAGCCGGAGAUUCUUCUUGAUGGGGACCAUGGAAUUGAAAGGACCCUUGAGGUUGCGGAGAAAGUCUGGUCAGAGGUCAUUUUCUACUUGGCAGAGAACAAUGUUGUUUUCGAAGGCAUCCUUCUGAAGCCUAGCAUGGUUACACCUGGGGCCGAGCACAAGGAGAGGGCUUCUUCAGAAACAAUAGCAAAUCACACGCUCACAAUGCUGAGGAGGAGGAUACCUCCUGCAGUUCCUGGAAUCAUGUUUUUGUCUGGAGGACAAUCCGAGGUGGAAGCAACCCUCAACCUGAAUGCGAUGAACCAAAGCCCCAACCCGUGGCACGUUUCUUUCUCAUAUGCACGUGCGUUGCAGAACAGUGUGCUUAAGACCUGGAAAGGGCAGCCUGAGAAUGUGGAGGCUGCACAGAAAGCACUGCUGGUACGUGCCAAGGCAAACUCCCUUGCCCAGCUUGGCAAGUACACUGGCGAAGAUGAGAGCGCCGAAGCCAAGAAGGGUAUGUUCGUCAAGGGAUACACCUAUUAAGUGGGAGCAUUUUUUGGGCUCUUCUGUUACUCUAUUUCCUUGUAUCUUCCUGUUACAUAAUAGCUACGCAAAGCUGACAAGACGUUUGUUAAUUCCAUGUUGAAGUGUCUACAUUUCUUUUGUUUGAAUCUCAAUAAUAGUUGAAGAGGAUAGGAAGUAUCCAGGAUUUUAGCUUUGGAAAGGAGUGAGAUUGUUCAGUAAGUCGGACAGACCGUUUGUAUUCAAUUCUUCCUAAAUCAUAUAAUGCUUGUUCCGUUGGUGGUGACAAGUGUGAGCUCUUAAUCACUACUGCUGGGAAAAUCAAAGGGUAAAUAGCAUCAGGAAAUUAUAGCUACAAUU